AUGAGGUUGUGCUGCUCGGCCAGUAGGCCAAGGUGGCCUUGGGUGUGCGUGAACCUUCAGAACCUUGGAUGCAAUGGCGAUGCACUUGGUGCCGUAUCAGCAUUUGUGGUUUUGACAGAUAGUGGAAACAGUCCCCUGCGUUUGGGAGAAAAGAGCUGCCAAACAACAGCCGUGGGCCCCUGGCAUAUUCCUGGCUGUGAUAGUGGUCUUUUCGUGGCUCUUGGCCCAUUGUUCUGGACUUGCCGAACGGUAAAGGGGGAGUUGGAGAGGAGGUCACACAGGAGCUACCAUGUGCCGUUUGGCCAUUGGCUAUUAGGAUGCGGUUGUUUGAGAAUGGGCGGUGCCGAGCGGCAGCUGGGCUUUCCGAUGACGAACCCAUUCUCCUUGGGUGUCCUGAGUAAUUUAUUGGCAUGGUGUGCAUAG